AUGUCGCGCCAGGUUAUCUUCUCCGAGGAGGCUCUCCCUCCGCUCCCGAUCUACUCGCAGGCCAUCGUGUCCGAUAAGACCGUGUAUGCCUCUGGGAACAUCGGCAUCACCCGCGACAUGAAGCUCGUCGAGGGCGGCGUUCAAGCCCAGACUCGUGCGGCCCUCAAGAACCUCGAGAUCGUUCUCAAGGCUUCCGGCUCUAGCUUGAACCAUGUUCUCAAGGUCAACAUCUUCCUGACCAACCUCAAGCGCGAUUUUGCGCCCUUGAACGAGGUCUACGCUGAGUUCUUUGAGGCUGGCAAGUUCCCCGCUCGCACUUGCAUCGGUGUCGCGGAGCUUCCUCUCGGCGCAGACGUGGAGAUCGAGUGCAUUGCCACCGUGGCGUAA